AUGCAUCUCAUCCUCGUCGAUCAAGGAUCCAGUAAUGAAAAGAAAGUGAAGUCCGAACUACGGAAUGCCUUCAGUUCUGCUGAUACCCCUUCCUCGAUCAUCAUCCACGUCUACCCACAACCAUUUCACCAACCUCGGAAUUUUCUAUUCCAAACCUCGAACUCAAGGCCGAUACUUCAUGAAUCUUCUGAUUGGUUACCACUUGGACCAAUCAUAUGUAGAAGUAAAAAGUGA